UGGGCGGUCUGGGGUUUACGCGUUUGUUUCGUGUACGGCGGGCAACCCGGUGAUAAAAUCAAACACACCUCAUUAGGAACAACACGUCACUAACCGGAGACUUGCCACAUACCAAACCGCUAAACAUUAGCCAGUGGUUAGCAUCUGGCUGCUCAGAAAUGUCACUAUUUCCUGAACGGAGGGGACUGUCGCUCCACUUGUAGUAAGUAACGAAUAUUUAAAAGACCACGAACCUAAAACUGUGCUACAUUGUCAGUGACUGUUGGUGAUAAUAUGCCAUAUUUGUGUUGUUUUAGCUCGCCUGUAAUGCCACCGCCAAACGCGUAAAGCCACGGUGGACACUCUGUAGACUUUUACAACAGCUGGAAAUAUCUGACAUUUUUACCAGCUGUUAUGUAACCACAGUCAUUGUCGUGUAAUGGUGUAAUUUACUGCUCAUAACAGCGGCCAAAUGAAGCGAGAACACAGUGUUUAGCCGGAGCAUACAUUAGGCCUGUAUCUUACAAGAUAUCAGAGUUUGCCUCUCAAAUGUUCACUCUUAAAACUGCUUUAUUCACAACCUUCUGGAAACUUUAAGUAUCAAUACUAUGUCUCCAAGCUGUUUAAGUGAAGGCACAGUUUUAGCGGUCUCACUGAAAUACUCAAAACCACGAUGUUGUAUGUAUACAAAUGCACAGACUGUAUCCUGCAGCUCACCGAAUUCACCUGGAGGUACUCUUCUCUAAGAUAGCCUACAACAGUCUGUACCAAGUGUUGUCAUUCAUGUUGAACUUAUGUAAACUCAGGCGGGAGGAUGCCUCAAAUAUUUGUCAGCAGAUAAAAAAAAGCCUUAGGUGAGUUGUACACGUCUUACUAAGAUUUGAAAUGAUAAGUAAUCUGUUUUUUAGCAUUUUGCAAUUUGUUGUGGGUCAAACUCAACACCCUUUACACUUAGAUUUACCAAUACAGAAAAAAAUCUUUCCUGUGCAUGGUUGUCUAUGGAAAUGUUUCUAAAUGUUCAUGGACAGGUUUUGCUAUAUGCAACCGGGGUUGGGCGAUAAAACGAUAACGAUGUAUUUCGAAAAGUUAAUUUCCCUCAAUAUCAAUAUAAAACAUGGUCAGUAUGCUUUUCAAUAGUCGGCAUUCUGAAAUCAAACCACACCGUCUGGAAAUGUGUUUCCACGUUUGAGAAAGCUGUAAUAUUUUUCAUUUUUUUCCCAAAAGGUCAUAAUGACAGGUACAGACAGUAAGAUGGAGCCGUUGAACAAACCAAGCAUCCCCCUCCAGUUGACUGAUUUUAAGAAGUAAUCCAGCAAGUUGAGAACAGUCUGCAUCAUGGGGAGGUAGGUCUACUGUUUUCUGUGGAAAUGUGGCAGGCGGUUGCCUCCACUCUUCUUAAAUUAUAGGCACAUGUUGCUCAUUCUUCCUUUAUUUUUGUUUGUUUGUUGAUAGGAUCAGCUUUUCGUGCCUUUUCCCGGCCUCGUGGCAUUUCAGUCUGCCAUCCCAGGUUCUUCCUCGGCUCCUGGUCCCUUCCCUCAGACAGUUGCUCUUCAUCGGCCUGGUACUCUGCCUGAUCGGUCUGCUCUAUUUGCUGCUUGUCUCUGGACAGGGGGUCGCCAGCUGGACCAGAAAGGAGAUUUACAUCCACAGGUGCAUUUUUAGUUGUCCUUUGGCUGCUUAUGUUACAAUUAAAAACCCUUAAAUAUGACCUUGAUUUCUUUUUUUGUCUAAAAGGCACUUGGCGAGGGUGACUGAUAUAGAUGCGACAGAUACAAGUAACCCUAACCUAAACUAUGGCCUGGUGGUCGACUGUGGCAGCAGUGGUUCAAGAGUAUUUGUGUACUGCUGGCCACGGCACAACGGUAAUCCCCAUGAAUUGCUGGACAUUCAGCAAAUGAGAGAUCAGCACCGCAAGCCAGUGGUUAUGAAGAUUAAACCUGGUAUGACAAAGUCCUUUUCUCAUAGCUAGAAUUUAAAAGCACUUUUUUUUGAAAAUAUAAAGUUUUAUGCAAGAUAAACAGGAUUGAGCCCAAGUGUUAGAUCGCUGUCCAGCCAAGUUUAUGAUCUCAUUUUUCCCUUGUAGGUAUUUCUGAAUUGGCUAAAACACCAGAGAAAGCCAGUGAUUACAUUUAUCCACUCUUGAGCUUUGCAGCUCAACACAUCCCCAAAAAUAAGCACCAAGAAACACCUCUGUACAUCCUGUGCACAGCUGGAAUGAGAAUCCUCCCUGAAAGGUACGGUUGAAUGAUAACUGUGUUGUAUUUAAACUAGUGGUGGACUGCUGUUGGUUUCUCAACUCCCAAUGCUGAUGCCAAAUAUUGAAGAAAGCAGGUUGUAGUAUUUUUGCAGUUGAUCAAAGACAACCACUGGAUAAAAUGAACGAAUGUGAAACAAAAUUGCUGAACAUGAAUAAACUUUGCCAUAGAAAUUGUAUUUAGAAAAAUAUAAUAAUGCAUUAUAAUAAUACAUUUUAUUUAUAGCAUGCUUUUACAGGUGCUCAAAGACGCCUUACAAAGAAAAAGAAAAAAAUUAAAUUAAAAAACACAAUUUAAAAUACAGAAAAAUUUGAGCAAUAAAAUCAAUGAUGUCAAAGGUUAAAAAAGACACAAUGUAAGAAGACAAUAAAAGAACAGUUCACAGGUUAAAAGCCAAUUUAAAAAGAUGCGUUUUAAGGAGUGAUUUAAAAAUAUGUGAAAAAUAUGUCCUUAAGGGACUUUUUAAUUUCUUUCCCCCCAUUAAAAGUUGUCAAAAUAGGAAAAAAAAAUGCAAGAUCAAUAUUUUUAUUUCUCAAAGUGCAAUCUAUCAUUUAAUUAUUUUUGGCACAUUACAAUCUGUUAUUUACAGUUUUCUGAGCUAGUAGUAUGUUUUAGGUUAUUUUUUGGUAUAUUGGGUUAUGUUGUAGAUUUCAGGACAUGACUAAUAUUUAUCAUCAACAUCACAUGAGAAUUUAUAAUAAACACUCACCUGUAACUGUUUCUGAGAUCCUGUCAUUUGGGAAGGAUAGCAUUCAGAAAAGAUAAUGGUGUCAGCAGCUUUGUGAGCGCUAGUCAUUUCAAAAUGUUGGCCUGAUUAAUUGGCCACCUGGUUUUUUGUUCUAUAUCCUAUUUAACUUACAAUAUUUACAGAAGCUCCAGAUAUACUUGUAGUUGUAAAAUAAAAAAGUAAACAUUUCACAUCUAAAAAGCAUCAUGUUUUACUGUAAAUAAAGUGUUCCUGAUGAUUAUGUCACACACACUUGUUUUUUAACUGGUGUUUCUGUGAUUUUGUUUUUUUAACCUAGUCAACAAGAAGCUCUUCUCGAGGACCUCCGAACAGACAUCCCGGUCCACUUCAACUUCCUUUUCUCUGAUUCUCAUGUGGAAGUGAUUUCAGGAAAACAGGAAGGUAAAUAAUGGAAAAACAGUGAUACUCAGGGAAAGAAUUCACUGUGCUCAGCUACUUUUGUUUCUGUGUAAACGUUUAUGGAUUUUCAUCUCUCAGCAAGUUGAACAAAAUACUUCUGAGUCACAUUUUGAUGUUUUUAAAAAUUCCUCCUGCAAGAAAGUAAUUUGGGAUUCUUUGAGAUUUUCUUCUGUCCUGUAGAUCUUGAUUUUUAAGUCAUGCAAGUUUGUCUUUGUGGUUUAAAGUUAAUAUUCUGUCUUAAAAGGUGUCACCUUUGUCCUCAGGUGUGUAUGCAUGGAUUGGAAUAAACUUUGUCCUUGGAAGGUUUAACCAUGUAGACAAUGGUAAGUUUCAUGUCCACAGAGUGUCAUAUUACAAAGUGCAGUUAACAAACAUGACUGACGAACUCUGUCACCUCUGUGUCCUCAAAGAAGGGGAAGCUGUAGUGGAGGUCCAUGUCCCGGGAAGCGACCAGCAGGAGGCGCUGGUGAGGAAAAGGACUGCUGGUGUCUUGGACAUGGGCGGGGUCUCCACACAGAUCGCAUAUGAAGUGCCCAAAACUGUAAGCUUUGCUUCUCCACAGCAGGUUAUUAUCCACGACCAAUUCUGUUUUUGUGCUGUCUUUGUGUUUUUGUCACUCACCCUGUGUUUUUCUCCCUCCUUUCAACUUCUGUCAUUCCCUGGUUAAACCUGUAUGCACCAUUUUUGUCCCAUGGAGAUGAUCUGCUCUCCAUUCACCACUAUUGAAGGCAUACUGUAAGCCUGCUGCAUGACUCUAUAGCAGGAUUAUUGAACUGAGAACAUUAGGAAUUUGAAGUAGGGACUGUGAAAUUCAACCAAAGUUGUUCAUGUCAGGUAUUUUUAGGUGUAAUAGACCUUUAAUUGAACAGUAACGGGCUUGACAUACACUGCUUGUCUUUUUUGCUGUCAUUGUUUUCUCCUUACACCAUACAUAAUCAAUCUUAAAAAACUUUUGUCAAGACAUUACAACACUUGAUUUAUAAACUAACGUCUUGCAUGUCAGCAUUCGUCUCAUUUUAAAUAAGAAUGGAUGUGCAUGAAUAUUUGGUGAGGUUCUAUCAUUGCCAGGCUGAUUUUUGUUUGUCUCUCAGGAGGAAGUUGCCAAGAAUUUACUGGCUGAGUUCAACCUGGGCUGUGACGCACAUCGAACGGAGCAUGUUUACCGUGUUUAUGUGUCCACUUUCCUGGGGUUUGGAGGAAAUGCAGCACGCCAAAGAUAUGAAGAAAAUCUAAUCAGGAAUACUGCCACCAAAAACAAGUAAGACACUGAUCUGGAUGGUUCAUUUUUUUCUGAUUCCUGCCACUCAUUAUUAACAACUUAUUGCUAAUUCCCUUCAGGCUCUUAGAUCAGCAUGCUGGUGAGACAGCAGAGUCUCCCCUCCUGGACCCGUGUCUCCCUACAGAUCUGCAGGAUGAGAUCGGUCCCUCCACACAGAAGCUCCAUCUGCGGGGAACAGGGGACUUUGACCUGUGUCGGCAGAUUCUCCAGCCAUUUCUCAACCGCACCAACGAGACUCAAACCUCCCUCAGUGGGAUCUACCAGCCAGAAAUAGACUAUAACAACAGUCAGUUCUACGGUUUCUCUGAGUUCUACUACUGCACAGAGGACGUGCUGCGCAUGGGUGGGGAUUAUAAUGCUUCCAAGUAUGCCCAGUCUGCUAAGGUAAAUGCUGCUAUAAAAGAAAUUAUAUCUUCUUCAUUAGAGCAUUCAAAUCAAUUUUUAUCAAGUAUUAAAGGGAUAUUCCGGCGUAAAAAACUCAUUUACCAUAACACAGAGUUUAGGUCCUUACACACCGGGGCCGGCGCGAAUAUAGAACGCGAAAUUACGAAAUAUUCGGAGAUGAAUUUUGACGCGCCUGACUAUACACAUCAAGCCCGAUACGAUUUUGCGACUUUCCAGGGGGCAAAAGAUGAUCCCGGGGAAGACUUUUUCCGGUGAAAGUCCCGCCUCUUUCGCCUCUGAUUGGCUAGAAAAGCUGGUAACGUCAUCACACGCUCAAGCCAAACGGUCACCACUUAAAGCCAAUCAGAGGCGAUAAGAUAAUUGCAUGAAACUAUGGUAACAACCGUUAGCUUACGUUAGCACAGAUGAAAGUUGAAACAAAGGCGUUUAGCGAACUGUUAAAGCACACAAACCAUCGUCAUAUAAGAGAUCUGAUGCUAUGUUGUCCUUCAGGCGUUAUCUUUGUAACGUUUGUGUUUUUUUAUCAAAAAGCAAUCUGUUCUCUGACACGUAAACAAUCAGCCGGUCGGCCAUGAUGGAUAUACCGGUGAAUCAGACAUCGCAACAACACGCAAUCUGAUUGGUCAGAACUGGACACACAGUAUGCGAAACUUUAGAAAAAUCGACCGUGAUCCGAAAAAAUAAAUGCCGCAAUUUCGCAGGAAGGGAAAACGUCACUGAUGUGAACGCUUGUAUUGACAGGAUACGGGUUCAAAAAAAGAUAUUGACGUCUGAAAUAAUCGCACAAAAAAACGGUCCUGUAGUGAAACGACCUUAAGACACCCCUCGAGAGAUGAAUGUUGCCGACCACUUGCUUCUCUAGUUAUACCAACUUUAGUAAUGACUGCAUGAUAGCAAUACACAUUUAUGAUCAUUAAUUCAUAAUAUUCUUUGAAGUAAUAAUCAUCAUUUUAAUCAUUUUGCACUGCAGACGCGGUAGUUCUUCUGCCUUAGCGUCUCAGUCUGAUUGCAUUUCCAUAAAGAAAUGAUCAUAAAUGUUAAAAAAAUAAAUUCUUACAAAAAAUAACUACUUUUUAAAACAAUACAAUCCUGCUGUAGACUUGAGUAUAAUUUUCAAUCAACAGAGGUUACUUAGGUUUUUAAUUCUUGUGUUUUUUUUUAUUCAACGUCUUACAGAGUUACUGCGCAACCCAGUGGAAAACUCUGAGGGAGCGCUUUGACUCCGGCCUGUAUGCUUCACAUGCUGAUCUUCACAGACUGAAGUAAGUCUCGUAGGAUUAUCGUACUAUUUCCAAAUGUCAACCGACCAGUUAGCCACACCCCAGAAAAAGAUGUCUGCUAGUCAGGACAAGAAUGUUUACCAGUGGCCCGAUGCUUUCUCUGCCUGCAGGUACCAGUGUUUUAAAUCGGCGUGGAUGUAUGAAGUAUUACACUUGGGCUUCUCUUUCCCGGCCAACUAUAAAAACCUGAAGACCGCUCUGCUGGUCUACGAUAAGGAGGUCCAGUGGACUCUUGGAGCUAUUCUUUACAGAACACGCUUUCUGCCUUUAAGGUAGGAGCGAUUUUCUCCCCAUGUGUUCUUUCUCCUAAUCAGGCCUUAAGUUGUUUGCCGGCAAAGAUUAUUCUCUUAAACCCUAUGUGGUUAAACCUUCUUAACCAGCGACUGUUUUUGGAAUGAUCAGCGUUUGAUUGCCUUUAAUAACAGCACACUUGAAGUUAUAGUUAAGAGUCUACGCUGAGGUCUGCAGAGUUCAGUUUUCGACUGUGUUUAGCAGCAGGAGGUCAAUAAAAGUGAAGGAAUUUCAGUAGUCUCACAGGUUUCUUAACUUGUGGAGUCUUAACUCACGACAAAUCGUAAACAUUAGAAGUGGGACUUACUGGUCUAACUGUUAGGCUGAACCAGUAUCUUUCAAUGUCAUGCUCUUUCAGAUUCAUUUGUGAACUAAUCUUUAAAAAAAUCUAUUCAUAUCAGAUUAUAAACUCACAUGUGGUGCUAAUCUUGAGAAAAAGAGGAAUUGCUCCUGAUCAGCUUACUUUGUAUAAGCCUUCAGUUUGGUCGGUUUAACUCAGGACCCUUGUUAGAUCAUCAAUCUAAUCAAGCUUCCUUACAUCUUAAGUAUAAUGAACAGGUGCUGAACAGGAUUUCUGUUUAUCUCUGUGCUUAAAGCCUCUUUAAGCUGUGUUUGUAUUUCCUCUUACCUCUUCUAGGGACAUCCAGCAGGAAAGUCUGAAAGGACUGCACUCUCACUGGCGGCACAGCUUCUCUUUCGUCAACAACCACUACUUGUUUCUGGCUUGUUUCUUUAUUGUGUUGUUGUCCAUUAUGCUGUACUUGCUGCGACUCCGCCGCAUCCACCGGCGCACAGCGCAGCGCUGCAGCCCCUCAGCUGUGACGUGGCUGGAAGAGGGCAUCGGUUCACCCACACUCCCUAUCAACCUCUAAUGUUUGAAGGGUGUUUGGACAACAUUUCUGACUUUCCAAAGCUGGUCAUUUCCUCUUUUCUCCCUGAGGUCAUUGUCUGAAAGCAACUUCUUCCUCCUACGAGUUGGAUCAGAUGACUGGCGAAUGGACAUUUUAAGAAAAAUUUAGAUAAGUCACCAGGCUUACCUGAGCCAUGAAUAAGUUUAAGUUAUUUUGUUAAAUAUUAAGAUGUCUUCUAGAAAUCAUGUUUUUGCCUGCUACAUACCCUGUUUUUAAAAUCAAAACGGCAAUUACCUCCAGGUGUCUUCGACUUAAUUUCUUUAACAAGAAAACGAAAAGGUACUUUUUCUGCUAGCUAAAAUUCUAGCCCAGCUACAUGUUUCAUCUAAACUUGUUACUGAGGGGUAAUUUAUGGGGCAUUCGCCUUUUAUUUAUGCCUAUUUUAUAUGUGUACGAUCACAUCUUUUCUUUGUUUUUGUCGUCAAAUGGUACAAGCAUUCAGCAUUUCUGCAGAACCUCAAAAACAGUAUGAUUCAUAAUAGACGGAGCACUUUUUGAUGCAGUUAGUUUUUUUCCAGCCUGUAUUCUUUUUAUUGUGUGUGUGUCUUACUUAAAUUAUUUUGCCUCAACAAGACAGAUAGCCUAUUAAUGGCUCUACAAGUGCAAUACAUGUUCUGUCACUGUUGGGGGAACGCUACAACCUACGUCUACUGCUCCUUUGCCGGGAGUAUCAAUCACUCUUAAAGCCCUGCUGAAACUCAUGUGUUGGCUUGUCUGACUUAAGAGUUUGGAUAUUCUUGCAUAUAUUUAUGUUGAGCUUCAUUUUCAGAAGCCAUCAUAUCACUGCUGUGAGAGGGAUUAAAAUGAGAGCACAGGCCCUGUUAUUUAUAUGGAAAUGGUCUACUACUAGUGAAAAAGUUUGCACAGAUAAAUGUCACACUGAACUGAAGAAAUAAAGGUUUUAUCGUACA